UCUCUUUCUAGACAGAUGGGUUGCCUCCCACAAUGUUACCACUGAGGGAGUUUGAUUCAGCUGAACCGCAGUGCACCGGGCAAUGCAUCGAGGGAGGAGCACCCUUCUCAAAUGGAACAGUAAUCUGCUCCGCUCGGUCAUGUCAACAAGGCAGCAUGAUGCAUCGUUCAGAAACCUACAUUUUCUUUAACCAAUUUUUUUGCAUUUUCUAACUUUUUCAUUGGGAAUGCAUAUAAAGUGUUUUUUUUAUCAAAAGCAAUUGUUUUCACAUGCAAAAAUUGAGUCCUAAAAUGUACUCCACAUUGCUUAACCUAUGGCCACUUUUGUUUUGAGCCGACUCUGCCGUCGGCCAAAAUGGAGCACCUGGCUCACGCCCGGGAGGCAGCCGGUUCCAAAACUAAUGCAAUCAACGCUAACCCGGUUUACCCGGUGCAGUCCCAGGGCAUUGAUCAAAUACCCUCAAUGUUCCAGCAUACACACACCUAGGUCUGGGAUUUCUGAGAUUAGGCUAUGAGUACAAUACUUAAAGGGGCAAUCCUUAGUUGAAACAAUAACAAAGCGGUCGGCCCCCUCUGUUCCGGUAUAAAGCUCAAGGAUGGGCCUAGAUAAAUGUAUCCACUCUCAAAUUCACAGACAGCUGUGGAUGCAAUAUAUGAAAAUUAUAGUUUUAAGCAUGUUUUGAGGCUGUACAGUGUUUUACAUUUACAAUGUUUACAGACAUUGGCAUAAAGCAAGCUUAUAUUUUGGGUUCUGAUGGGGUAUGACAGUUGAAUUAAGCUCAUGAAGCAUACAUUAUAUAUUAUUUUUUAAAUCAAUGGGUACAUAUUAAUUUAUAUGUACACCAAAAUGUUUGUGGCAACUGCAGAUUGCCCCUUUAAAUGGUUGGCUUCCUGGACACAGCUGGACUAAAAACAUGACCAAUGGGGAUUUCCAUUUAAAUCAUUUUUAUUUCUAGGUCUAUGUUUAGGCUAAUCUGUCUCUGGAAAACUGGCCCAUAGUGUUAUUAGUUAGAUUGGACAGUAGAUGGCAGUAAUCCCAUCUCUAUGACCGCACUGCGUAAUGUACACGAUAUAUUCUAUGCGUUACAAUGUAUUUCAGUUACUCACGUAGCCUACAUCUGGGCGGAGGGAGCUAGAAAGUUCGCAUUAUUGAAUUGUGAUGUUCGGAUUUAUGCAUCAUUCGUUGUAAAAACCCGACCAGUUGUUCGAACAACUUGCACAAGUAUGAUAUCGCGGAUACUCCAUAGAGGUGAUUUUCUCAACCUGGGGACGAACUUGAUGCUGUGUUUUCUCUGUGGGAUGACAUCGGGAGAUCCUACAACAGGAAGUGCAUUUGGCUUGAUGACAAAAUAUCCUUUGAUUGAUGGACAUAAUGACCUAGCUUUGAUGCUGAGGAUUCUCCACGACAACAGACUGAGUCAGGUUGACCUGCACAACAUCAGCAAAGUGGCCACGGACAUCAACAGACUCACAACGGGACAUGUCGGCGCUCAGGUGUUUGCAGCCUACGUGUUGUGUGGCGCCCAGGCGAAGGAUGCUGUGAGGCUCACACUGGAACAGAUAGACGUGAUCAACCGAAUGUGUACAGAGAACCCGGAACUGGAGCUAGUUACAUCUGCCAAAGAACUAAAUGACACUAAGAGGAUAGCGUGUCUGAUCAGCAUUGAGGGAGGUCAUUCAAUAGACAGCAGCCUGCCAACCCUGCGUAUGUUUUACCAGCUGGGGGUUCGCUCCAUGGCCCUCACACACACCUGCAACACACCUUGGGCUGAGUCCUCCUCAACAAUUUAUGAUGUCUAUCAAAGAGAAAAUGACAGCCUAACAGACUUCGGUAAGGAUGUGGUGAAGGAGAUGAACAGAUUAGGGAUGAUAGUAGACCUGUCCCAUAGUUCCUGGGCCACAGGCAGGGCAGUACUGCAGAUCUCUAAGGCUCCAGUUAUUUUCAGCCACUCCUCAGCCCAUGCCGUGUGUAACCACAGUCGCAAUGUUCCCGAUGACCUGCUCCGCAAACUGAAGGAGAACGGAGGACUCAUCAUGGUUAAUCUGCACAGUGGGUUUGUGGCUUGCCAUGGCCAAGCCAAUGUCUCCAUCGUGGCUGACCAUUUUACCCACAUUAGGAAGGUGGUUGGAUCUGAGUCAAUAGGAAUAGGAGGGGACUUUGAUGGAGCUUCUAAGUUUCCUCUUGGAUUAGAGGAUGUGUCCAAGUAUCCCGCUCUGAUCCAGGAGCUGCUGAAGAGACACUGGACAGAGAAGGAGUUGUCCGGGGUCCUCAGACACAACUUCUUACGUGUGUUCAAGGAGGUUGAGAAAGAGCGUGACAGGCAGAAAGCAAAAGGAACUCUACCCAGUGAAGCUCAGAUCGACUUGGCUGAGGUUCAGAACCCCUGCAGACUGGUACUCAGGCGACCUGACCACCAGACGACAAAGAUGGAACAGAUGUACUCCAAGGGCCACAGUGAACUGGUGGUCCCCAGGAGUCUGGUCUGGACCAUGGUUAUUCUAAUCUCCUGCCUCUGUGUCCUGAUGGACCAUUAAGACUAUAACAUGGCCUCGAUUCAAUCCGAUCCAGUGGUAACCCGUGUUGACCGAUAUCCCCAUAGCGGAUGUUUUGGCAGUAUUGGAGGUGUAGCUGCAGUGUGAGCUGACAAAUAAGUGUGUGGCUGCUCUUUUGUGUCACCAACCACUCCCUUCCUUAUUAUCCCUACGCAUUAAAUGUUCAAAAGGACAAAAGAAAGUGCAGGCUCUAUCGACAAUAGAUAUUAUGAAAUGCAUGUUUUCAUUUGGAUGGGGGGGAUUUAUCAGUCUAUGUAGAAAAUAGACCAUUACGCGUUAGAGUGUUUGAACUUGUAAUGUGGCUACAUGAAUUUCUAACGCGGCUGCAUGGGAUUUGUGGAUAUAAAGUCGGUGUGGUUUCAUUGCAUCCAAUGACAGUGUCUCCGAUAAUGUAACAUAAGGAGCAGUUCUAACACAGUUCCACCUUUGACACUGCCAAAACAACCGGAUUUCGGUUAGCACAGAUCUGAUAGGAAUUUAGCCCUUAGUGUUACUAAACUAGCAGUGCUUGACUUGUGCAGGAGCCCACUGGAGCUGAGUACCGGCACCUCAAAUUCUCUACUGCUUGAGCUCGUUUUACUCUUAUAGAAUAUUAGCUCAAAAGUAUAGUGGAGCUCCUGCACCUAAAUAUAAACAGUACUUGCACCCAAAAUGAGUACCGGAACCUAUUUAGUAGUACUACUAGUGUUGUAUUACAAUACACUAUCCACUACAAACAUGUUUCUCCGACAGUGACAAGCCUAGCUUUAACGUGUUUACUGUGUCACUUGCUUACAUGUGAUCUUCCCUACAAAGAACUUUACCUAAUUUUUAGUUUUGGUCAUUCUGAUCUUGAAGGAGUUGUAUAUUUACACAAUGCUCUGCACGCACUUUAUACUAUAUUACAUUGAGUUUCAUGUAACAACCACUUUUAACUCUUUUUACAUAUCUCAUUCUAAAAAUAUCUCUGUGUUAUGUUUGUUUAAUGAUACAAUCAAGGCCACAAGGUCAUACUGAGGCAUUUACAAACUAUCUGUAUUUCUCUGAGGACACAGACCUUGAUGUCCAUCACACAAACCUGGGUUUCACAAUGAAACUGUUUCAUAGAAAGACCAUUUCAUCUUAAAAUUAACAUUCAUGUAACAUUUUCUCACAAGUGUGUACAGUGAAACAGUAUGUAACAUGUUAAUAUACUGUAAUGCCUCCUACAGUCAUCUCAGGAAUGUUGUAUUCUGUAUUCAUAGGUUAUAUCGUAUUUAUUUUGCCUUUCUCUUAAGUAAAUAAUGCUUUGAGUUUUCUGUUUUUCUACCAUCUUAUUUUAUGAACACAUUGAUAUAUCUGAAGUCAAGAUAGUUCAAUUCUGGUUGAAUAGGGAAAUUAAUCAUGAUUUUAUUGCUAAUUUCAGAUAAAUACUCUUCGCCUUUACAGCUCUUGCAGUCUACAGAAAAGAAAAGGAAAUGUGUGCAUCUGCUACUCUGUUCAGGUGGCCCUGUAAGUAGUCUUCAUGCCUAUAAUAAUGACUUUUGUACAGAAAUAGCAGAUUAAAUGUAAUGUAUAAUUGUCAAUGAAUUAAAACCUCUUCUCUUUCAACAAUUACAAAUCAUAAUCCAGUAAAAUAAUGUUUCAAUACAA